AUGCCCGUCGGACCCCGAGUCUCCAAAGAAGAAUUCAUGCACGCACUGGGUCUAAACCCCCAAGAUGUCCACCACGAGCAAUACUACCGCGCCAUGCGCGACGAAGCAAUAAUGGUCUACAACCGCAUGAAUCAAGACACCUCCGACCUCCUCGACAACAUCCGCGCAGACCCAAACACACGCCCGCCGUUCUUCUGGCACCACAUCCGACCAGAUCGACAGCGCUGGGCGAUUCUUGAGAUCUGGCGCAAUGCAGCACCGCUUACGAGGCCGUUGUUUGAUCGUGGAAUUACCAAUGGCGAGUAUGGACCCAAUUGGGUUGCUGGGUGGUUGUUGUAUAGCGUCUUUCGAUCGCGGGAUGUGAGAAAUAAUCGGAAUCGGAGGAAGGGGGAGGCUGGCGCUGCUGGGGGUGCGGUUGAGUCUGAUAGGCGCUCUAGGCAGGUUGAGGAGACGGCGCCGAAGAAGUAUUAUGAUCCUGUGCGGAAUGGGACUUUGUGA